AUGUCUCGCAUAAAAAAUAUUUGUAACACAGUUUAUCAAGAUCAACUGCAAAGUAUCCAUGAUCUGACAUCCGGACAUUUGAACGAAAAUCAUUUGAAUCGUCUUCCAAAAGACGACAAAAAUGUUCGGAAGACAUGGGAGAGUGCAAAGAAACCACAUCCAACAUUACGUCCAUCACAUCGAGUAACAAAAGAAAAUGUUACAGAAAACGCUGUUAACGAUAUGAAACAAACGUUGAUCAAUUUUACUACAAGAAAUUCUCUCUUAUCACCUCGCCAUUCACUCACAUUACCUGGUUUACCCAUUAAAAAACCUAAGACAGAUCGACCAACAAGUGCUGAAAGUAUCACAGAUCAACCAUUACCUAAACUUUUGCAAAAGAAAGAAAAACUUUCAAUACCAGCAUUUUCUAUUGAUAUAUCCGAUGAGAACCGUUUAAAAAAAUUGAAAAAUUUUGAUGCAAAUAUUGUACACAAAAAAGAUAUUGGUCUUCACGGAUUUGGCUACAGUGAAGAUUUUGUUAAUUCUGUUGAACAAAAUUUGAAUAUGAAAGUGAAUGUAUUCGAUAGUCAAUUUCAACGGCAGACAUUGAGUUUAACACGUUUACAGGCUUAUGGUGAUGCAAUGAAUCAGUUGGUCAAUGGAUCAAGUGCAUUUGGACCAGUAUUGGCUCGUAUCAAGUCUGAAUAUGAGUUAUAUCUUGAUCAUCUACUAACCACUCAGCCUGAAUUUGGUAGUCACAUAGCUGAACAACUAAAACGUCUACGAACAAUACGUUCACCUCGUAGACAAUACUCACCCGAUCCAUUUGAUAUUGAAGGAUGUGAAGAACGAGUAAAAGAUGCAUUAAAGAAAAAUGAACAUUUGAGAAUACAAGUGGAAGAACUGAGACAAAAACAACAAGAGCAACGACAACUUUCGGCAACAACGACAACCCGUACCGAUAUCACAAAACAGACUGGUGAACUUCAUAUAAAGACGCCAGCUGAAAGAGUUGAUGAAUUAAGAGAACACAUAUUUCAUGUUAUUGACGAAAUGAAAGAUAUUCGACAAGAAUUAGAGACAAAGUUUGUUCCAUCAUCCGUUUGUUCACGAAUUCAACAAUGUAUCAGAGAUACAGAAGUCGACAUAACGAAGGCAUCCAAGCAAAAUAAGACGUUGACGGAUGAAGUCGUUCAAUUCGAAGAAAAAAUUCGCUCAGAAAUACUUAAGAAUGAUACGAGUGAAUUUGGAGAAGAACAUGUGAAAGAAAUCCUUAUGUUAUUGAAAAAAGUUGAUGUUUUACAUGCAAAACAUGUGAUGAGUAAUCAUUUGGAUGAUGACAAUUACUUUUUGCACACGUACGAUGACUAUUUCUCUUGA